UCAACACUUCAAUAAGAAGUAUCAUCUAACUAUGAAAGUCUUUGUUCUUCUAGCAUUUAUCACUUGUGCCAACGCUCAGUGGAUCACCGAAUGUGGAGUGUCCAAAUAUCCUAAUCCGGCUCCUGAGCAACAAACUGAUCGAUUUGGAAGAGUUGUAGGAGGUUGGGAGUCAAGAGAACAUGAAUUUCCAUACCAAAUUAGUUUGUAUGAGUUUGGAAGUCAUACUUGUGGAGGCGUCAUUUUGAACACCGGUUGGGUUUUAAGUGCCGCUCAUUGUACUGAUGGAAAUGCUAGAGAUUAUGAGGUUGUUGCUGGUAUUCAUAAAUUAAGUGAUCAUGGUUCUGCUGUUCAAAGAGUUCAAGUUCUUCAAAUUAUAAAUCAUGAAAAGUAUAAUGAUCCUCUGGAACACACAAAUGACAUAUCUCUCCUCCGUUUGGCGAGCGAAUUGGUUUUAAAUGCAAAUGUUGCUGCCGCUUGUUCACCAAGAGUUGAUGAUUACGUUGGCAAUACAGUAACUAUUUCUGGAUGGGGAAACACAGCUUCGGGUGGAUCAUCCCCUGAUGCUUUGAGAUAUACAAAUGUUCAAGUUCAAGCUAAAGACCUUUGUUCCCUAUCCUAUCCCAACCAAAUUGAUGAUAGCAUGAUCUGUGCUGCUGCUCCAGGAAGAGAUACCUGCCAAGGAGAUUCUGGUGGUCCAAUGGCUUAUAAUAACAAUGGAAAAUUUGAAAUUAUUGGUUUGACUUCAUGGGGAAGAGGAUGUGCCGAACCCAAUUAUGCUGGAGUAUAUGCCAGAGUAAGCGCUCAACUGGAAUGGAUCAAAACAAAUGCACAAUGAUUAUUUUGAAUGAUAAAAGCUUUUAAAUCUAAUAAUUAAGAAUAAAAAUUGAUUUGUGAAUUUGAAGAAUAAUUAUUGAUUUAUGAAAUAAUUAGA